UUAUUGUGUUUAGCCUAUUGCUAUGCGCAGCAACUGUCAGAACUUGACAUCUGUCACUGUGUAGCAAAAAAGAAGCAGCAUCGAAUAAAGAAAAGAGACGCUAGCAGAAAGGACGCCGAUCAUUUUGCAAAAAAAAAUUGUAUAGUUGCAAGGAAAAAAGUAAUUAUUUUAUAUUGUUAUUGGAAACAAACAAAAAGAUUUGAAACAGUUCCAAUGUACAAUUCAAAUAGAUUUACCACAUAAACCAGGAGUUUGAAAAACAAAUUUUGGUCUCAGUUUUAUCCUGUAGCAAGCAAUAUGGAAACUGUUGUAUUAAGCAGCGAUAUUGCGCGUCUCGUUUUGGAUUAUUUGAAAUCACAAAACCUGAAAAGAGCAACUCACAUAUUUUGCAAAACAUCACCAUAUUUAAAGCAAGAAUUCUCGGCAUUUAAGCAUGGUCUGCAGACACAUUCAUUUUUCCCAGAGCUAGCAGAAAUUAUAUGUGAAUAUGUUAAAAUAUCUCGGAAAGUUGAUCAAGAAAUUCCUAAACUAGGCAAUGAUGUACGCUUUGAAUUUCACCGCUUGAAGCUAUCGGAAAAGGUGUCGUUUCUAUUGGAUCGUACAGUGGAAGUUGAUAACAAAGCGGAAAGUACUUCAACUACAAGUGUUUCGCCCAAUUUACAAACAUCGGCUGGUUCUGCCAAACAAACCGGCAAUAGUAUUAAUUCCGAUAAGGAGAAUAAUGGUAAUGGUAAAAAACGUAAACGUCCACAUGAUCUCAAUCAUUCCUAUAAUGAUAUAUCUGGUGAUACUAAAACAAAGGUUUCACCAUCGUGCCGCACAAGUCAUUGGUCCAAGAAACGACGCAUUCUUGAACCAUAUUGUUUUUUAAGCGCAAAAGCUCUGCAGAGGCAUAGAAUGCGACAUGGUUACCGUUUGUCACCUUGUGCAAUAGGUAGACAAGUUGAUUUUAAAAGUCAAGAAGAUGAAGAUGACGACGACGACGAAUGGUCUAAUUCAAGUACAGAUGCUACAUCUGUAACAGAAGGCGAUACUGAAAAUGGAGAAUGUGAUCAGGAUUGUGCUUAUGAAAAUGAAAAAGAGUUAUUUAAUGGUGAAAAACCAGCCAAAGAAUCCACGCCACGUAACAAGUCCCAGGAUACGGAAAAAAUACGUACUCCAAUAUUACCGGAAAUCUCUCAGGCCAUUCUUGACAAUCCUGAAUUCCAACAGAAAUUGGUAGAAAAUAUCAAUCAAGCACUGAAUAGUUCUGCAACAAAAUUACCUUUAUCAAACUUGGAAGUUAAAGCAUCAGAAGAUCAAACAUCACAAACAAAUAACCAAGGUUGUACUCAAGAGGACCCAACAAUAAGCUCUAGUCAAUUACUUGAUCAAAUGAUCAAAAAUAUACUAGAAGCAACUGAAAAAGACCCAAGUUUUGAUGCUAUCAUACACGAUGUCGUAGAAGCAUCUAAUAAGCCAAUCAGUUUACAAUCAGCUGGAGUACAAUGUAAUAUUGGAACGCCAACGUCAGAUGCGUGUUUACCAGCUAUGGGAGACUGUAAUAAACCAUUGUAUACAUCGACUGAACCACCGCCAUUAGUACCAACACAACCGCAGUCAACACUUAUUGGACAUACUCCAUCACAGCAGCAACAACAGUUACCUCAGGCAAUUGGUGUUAGCCCAAUAGAAAUACCACCUCGCACACCCUUAAUUAUAAGAAAUGCAGUUGCAGCAGCAAAUGUUUCUAGCAUGACUGCGCUAGGAGGCUCUGCCCAGGAUCCCCCUAGUUUGACGGCAAAUAACUCAUUUGGAUCGUUGAUCGAUCCGAAUUUCUCCAUUUCAAAAUUAAUAGUCUUAAAUUCAAAUGACAGUGCUCAGAAACAUCAUCCUGAGGUAUCAAUCGGUAAUAUUACUGCCGAGAGUAUAAUUAAUCAGUUGUCUGCUAGUGGGGGUACGGGAAAUGUUAGCGGCGGCGAUACUGCUGUUGUAACCGAAACUGCAGGUGGCGAUGAGCAGGUAUUUUUUGAUGCUACAACUGGUCAAUUGACGUUCCCUUUAUAUCUAACCAAUGAUGGUCUUUUGGCGAAUUUACCAUUCCUGAUUAAUAAUGAAGUGGUAACACAACAAUUGCAAACAACCAAUAUAAGUAAUAUGGAUGCCUCACGUAUAGAAAUUCCACUGCCAGAACCAAUUGUUGUUACAGCCGAUCAAUUUCCCCGUAAUUCGCUCAUAAUUGGUAGUAUUAAAAAGUCAAAUCAAUUAGAAAACUCAAAUGUUCAGCAAAAGACGGUGGAGAAGCCGCCGAACGUUGAAAUACUUACAUGCAACACAGGACCUCCAGGAUCUUUGGAUACUCGUCUAUCGGAAAAAGCUACUCCAUCGACAAGUGGUAUUGUAAAUACCAAAGCAUAUCGGAGUCUUUCGACACCACGAAAGCGUGCCUCACAUGUAAGAACAUUAACCUUCUCACCUAGAGGACCACAAUUUUCGUCGGGGACACCAUUGUCAACCAGACGGGAAGCUUUCAAUCGAAUGCAAAGAAACGCUCUGGCGAAGACCGGCAAUGAAGUGGCAAACCCAGCUCAUCCAUUACAACAAACAAACAAUGAAGAUGUAAAAUGUGCAAAUUCUGAAAAACCCAUUAUAAAAAAUGUUGAAAUUUUGAAAGGCACAACGGCAAAUGAUUCUUCCUCUUCUUCGGUUAAUGAGAGUACCACUCAUAUACCACCGCUUUUUGUGGCCGAGGAAUGUAGUAACCAAACAGUUAUUAACAAAUAUGGCUCAGCGGCAAAAUCUGCUGCUGAACAAAUAAAACCGAACAGCAAUGUUUCGGAUUUAUCAAAAUCUCACAAUUCGACUGCAUCUGUUGAGAAUACACCCAAACGAAAGCAACAGAGAAAAGUUGCAGUGCGUUCCUGCAAGCGACAGUUGUCCAAAUCUCAGAACGAGGAAGAGCUACAGGUCGACAAGGCGGAAAAAGAGAAUGAAGUAAAAAUACCACCACCCGGUACUGAGGAAUACAAGAAAUAUAUGAUGGAGGAGUGGAAUAGAAUAAAGAAUUCAUCCAACACCGACCUUGAUGUACGUUUGAGGGAAUUAAACUCAAAAAUGACCGUUUUGAAACCCGUGAAAAAGGUCAACACAAAGAAACGGGUAAGACGCAAAAAGCCCGCUGCCAUAAAACGAAAGGAAAAAGAAAUGGCCGAAGUUGCAGAAGAACUUGAAAUUUCCAAAGAACGUCUAAACGAGUCUCAGGAAAGUGAAACUUUUCCUCAAGCAACACAAAACGAUGCCAUAGGCCAAGUGAAAUCUGUAAAGCAAGUGCCUGGAGAAAGUCAAAAUGUUGAUAAUGCCUGUCCGAAGAAAAAAUCCAAAGAAUUUGUUAUACAAAUAUCAACGCCACAAAAAGUUGAAACUAUUGCUUUAGCGGCAGAUUGUGCGACUCAAGACAAAACCAAAGCCGAAGAAGGGAAAUGCAAUGCAAAAUCAACUAAAGACUCUCUACAAAUGAAGCCUGUAAAUACCGAAGAAUCUCACCCAUCGAAUUCAGAACAUAAUAGACAGUCAGGGGGUUCUUCACAGCCACAGGAAAAAUCAAGUGAGUCAGUAUUUCAUGCACCCUCUGGUCAUGCUCCACACAUCCACCACCAUCAUCAGCAGCAUCCAUCUGUAGCUGCUCCACCACCACAUAUUAAUGAGGCUUUGGAGAGGGAAAAACGGACAUGCAACAUAGCCCUACUUUUGGAGACACCCUACAAAGAUCCAAAUGCUUCAAAUAUCUCAUCCACCUUUUUGCCACCAACACCAGGCAUAUUUGCGCCGUCAUUGGAAACACCUGCCGGCAAAAAUAGAAAUCCGCACGAUGAUAUGCAGGCUUCGACUUCGUUCCUAUUCGGUUCCCUCACAAAAAGUGAACUUGAUACACCAAUGUUGAGUGCUUUAACUCCGGGAUUCCGUUUUACUCCCUUCGGCAUAAAAGAUGCAGCAACGCCGCGUAGUGUAACUGGCACCGAAUACUCUUCAGGUGGUGGUUCCUAUUACAAGCCGGAUGAAAGUGAAGAUCUUGAUAGAAAUAUUGAUAAAAUUCUUAGAGAUUCGGCACAAAAGAAUCAACAGCAAGAGCGAAAUGAGGAAACAGAUCGAACAGAAGAUGACGAAGAAGAAGGUGAGGUAAGAUCUCCGAAAACACCCGACAAUAAAGAGCAUGAAGGAAACACCAAUGCCGUGGAAGUUGAAAUACCUGUAGAAACAUUAAAGGUUGAACCAAUUGUUCUAAAGCGGGUCAAAUCAUUCGGUACUGAGGCUGUCGACAGCAUGGAAACAGCUAAAAUAGAUCCCCAUUAUACUCUAGCCUCUGGUUUACCGGAAAUAAGUGCAGCUGAAGAAUCUUCAUCUUCCUCAUCGUCCUCGUCAUCUUCAUCCUCAUCCGGGUCAUCUUCCUCGUCCUCUUCUUCGUCGGAUUCAAAUACCUCUGCAAAAUCUAAAACUGUUGUUGAGAUAAAAACCACUCAAACCCUAUUGGACUUGGAAAACCUCUCAGAAAUAUCCAGCACGGAGGAUGAAGAAUGGAAAAAGAUAGUCACAGAAAAAGAUGAGAACUCACAAUUGGUAAACAUCGAUGGCGAAGUUCGUUAUCCGGUGCGGAGUUGGUUAACACCAAUAAAAGAGAAUAUUCCUACCGAAAAUACCACUGUUGUGUCGUCCACACAGGCUUCGGUUGUGACUGCCACCACUACGUCAACCAUAAAGGUAACAUUACCUUUGAAAUCGGCAGAAAAACGGAAUAGACAAAUUAAGGAACUUGAAUUGAAAAGAGAACGAAUGAAGGAGAAAUUGAAGAGAGAUGCCUCGACGGUUGCUACUCACGAGAAAAUAACGUCAACUGCAACAACAGCUCCAAAUAUAUCAGCAGCAUUAGCAGCCACACGUUUAAUGCAUGCCAUGCGCGACAAUGGUAAAAAACCUGCCUGUUUUGAGGUGCCACAAGCGUCGGCCGAUGAAAAACGUUCUAUAGACGUUCUCACCGCUUUACAUUUGUCCGCCAAAAAACAACUUCCAAAAACUCCAGAAACUAACAAGCCAAAAGGAAAAUCCAAAAUAGAUCUUUCGCCAGCUCUAGAAGAUGCGAAUACAUCGAGAACUCCAGAAAAUAAGGAAAACCCCCGAAUGAAUAUUUCGUCGGCCAACAACAAGACUUCACAAAGGAAAUGUUUGCCGAUAGAGGCGCGGCCGGUUGCCAAAACCAUACGCAAGGCGAAUAAGAAAAUUGUGCGAACACCGUUGGCAUUUAAGACCAUCCAAUCACCGGGCAAAAUCAAUUCCCACAGCACAACAACAACGCUGGCAGAAUUGGCAAAUAAAUCGAAGGAUAAUAUGUUGUCGCCAAUCGUGUCCAACGUAAGAGUAUCACCACGUCUAAUAAAACCCAACAAAAAAACCAACAAAGCCAAAAAUGCAUCAGAGUCGACAACAGCCAAAACCAAAGCAAGUCCAAAAACCACUAAGGCGGCGAAAGCUGCAGCAGCAAAACCAAAGGCUCCACGUGCAACAAACAAAAAGAAGCCAGCCACAACGAGGGCCAGUAAAAAGAAAAUGGAUUUAGACGAUCGUCGCGAUGGAGAACUGGACGAGCGAACUAAAGAAGAAGAAGAACAAGCCACUUUGGAAGAGCCACCACCAAUUCAACCAAAAUUGAAUGUGAAACCGAAAAUUCCUUUUAAGCCGGCAAAAGUCACUGCAAAAACAAAAGCCCAUCACAAUGAUUUGGUGGCGGAAGUCGUCGAACACAGGGAUAAAGCAACUCCUCAAGAAAAUGUCGAUGUACUGCGCCUAGAAAAUGCCGAAGCAUUAAAAGUGGAACAGGAGGCAGCAAUUAAAUCCAUACAAAAUGAGUUGACUAACAAACCACUGCCGACACCAGAAGAAACAAAUGAGCCCAUAUCUGAAGAAGAUGCCAUAGAUGACUGCGAAAUGGUCACAUACAAUGAAAGCGAUCCCAAACAUUUUAUACACUGCACGUAUCAGGGUCCAGAUGAGCCACCUCCAAGUCCGGUAAAGAGGCAUGACCUGUCAAAUUAUAGAAUGGUAGUUUCAUUGGAUGAUGAUGAGCAGCAUGUCUGGAGUAUCUCUGAAGGUGUUUGUUUAUUUACAUGUCCGCCGGCAGUGGCAAAUCCCACAUCGGCGGUGAAAACAGAACAACAGCAACCAAGUAAAAUACGUACAGUUCCGAAAAAACGUAAAGUACGUGUAACACAAGGUGUGGAUGACAAAACGGCAGCGCCGGUGGUAAAUACAAAAAUUGCUGCUGUCUCCUUAAAGGCUUUCACAUCGGCCGCAACACCGGGAGCUACAUCAACACCGGUUAUUCAGGGUGGUGCUGGGAUAUCACGAACCGAGAUGGCUGCAACACGAGAAGAAGCAGCUAAAACCAAAACGACGACAGCAAACAAACCUGAAAAACAAAAUCAACCACCUCCAAAUGAAGAAGAAUGUCAUGUGAAUCAAAAAAUUCAAAUCGAAGAUAUAGAGUCUAUAUUGUCGCAUUUACAUGGCACUUAGGAUGAUCUUGUAUUCAUUGCUGAAACAUAAUCAAGAUUGAAUGGGGUGCAAUGUUUUUUUAAAAACGAAAUAAAUAUUUCUUUUUUACAAAGAAUAUUCAAACGAGGCAACACUGUAUUCAAAAAACUCUCUAGUUCUAAGUACAUAAGUUAUAUGUAAAUUUUAUAACAUAAAUUAUAAAUUCUACUGUAGUUAUUAUUUUACUAUAAUUAUUAUUAUUAAUGAAUUGCUUUCGUUUUCUGUUAUGGAAACCGAAUUAUUUUAUUAUUUUUUAUCGAAACUAAAGAUUUAUGAAAUACCCUUAAUAUGGCAAAUGGUCAAAAAUCUUUUCAUUUCUUUGUUGAGUACUAAUUGCUUGAAAUAUUAUAGACCAACAAUCGUUUUGUUUUACAAAAAAAUAUAUCUAUUCAUCAAUCAUUUUGCUACAACCAACACCACAAAUAUCGAAUUCUCCUACCCACUGUUAUGUUUUUUUAUAACUUUACGCUUAAAACAAAAAAUCAAAUUGAUUUUACAAAAUGUAAAAUUGCGUUGAUAUUAGUUAUGCUUAAAUUUUGUCUCUUUUUAUCGUUAUCAAAAUAACUAUGUAAAUUUAUUGUAUAAAAUCUUUUAUAAUAAAAAUCCAUCCUGUAGACUGGAAUUCAAAUUAAAA